AUGGUGGUUCUUUCUCAGCCUGCAGCAUUAGACGACUACUCUUUGAUACAGACACACAAGCCCCCUGACUUGUUCACUGGAAUUCCAGUGGUGGACCUCUCAGACCCUAAUGUCAAGACCCUUAUAGCUAAGGCCUUGGAAUUUGGGAUCUUCAAGGUGGUGAAUCAAGGAUUCCCAGUGGAGUUCAUGAAAAAGCUGGAAGCUGAAGCCCUCAGGUUCUUCAACUUACCCCAGUCUAAGAAAGACAGCGUUGGCCCUCCUGACCUAUUUGGCUAUGGCAGCAAGAGAAUCGGUCCCAACGGUGACGUGGGUUGGAUUGAAUAUAUCCUCCUUAACACUAAUCCUGAAGUCAUCUCCCACAAGUCAUUUUUCAUUUUCCAGGAAAACCCAGUAAUAUUUCGGUAA